UUAUAGGCGGUAUAAGUUCUAGUAAUCGUUAACAAAAUUUCUAACGUUCAUAACAAAUUAUAUAAGAAAUAGAAUUGAGUUACUUAAAUAAAAGAAUGAAAGCCAAUUGUUGUUAUUUAAUAUUGUUUAUUAUUUCUGUUACGAUUUUUUAUUUAGUGAGUGCUACAGCUACUGAUAAUGAAAAUCAUACCGACAAUAAUUAUUGUUUAGAUUUAAAACCACAAACAUCAUUAGACAUGGAUCAACUAAUGGGCAUGUGGAAUGGUGUUGAAAUUAUUCAACAUCAACAUCGUGAUUAUCAUCAAAUAGUUUCGGAACGUAUUUGUCCAGUCAUAUUAAUAUCAGAUUCUGCCAACGCUGAAACACCAAGUCCAUAUGAUUAUAGUGGAGGAUAUACAGAUUAUGCAUACUCGAAUAGUCAUAAUUUGCGACGUGGACGUAAUCGUGGUUUUCGUCGUCAGUAUUGGCGUAAUAUGAGUUUAUUGUGGGAUGAAGGAUCCUUCACUGUUGAAUAUUUAUUGCGUUAUGAUCAACAUAAACCUGGUCUAUGGAUUAGUUCCGGGCCACAAAAUAGUUCAUCAUUAAUGGACAAAAAAUUCAAUUCAUUUACCGGGCAUGUACAAGUAUUGAAAGCAGUUGGUACACAUUUAGUAUUAACAUUUUGUCAUAUUUUACCAAAUAAUGAAUUAUUUACUGUUGUAUUAUCACGAACAUUAGAAUUAAAUCAACAAGAUCUUUUGAGUAUACAUAAUUUAUUAACUCGACGACAUUUAAAUAAUUAUCAUAUACAAAAAGUAUGCGGUAAUAAUGCAAUAAGUAAUCAAUAUAAUUAUCAUUUAAUAUUUGUUACAUUAAGCAUUUUAUUUUUAUUUAACAUGAAAAAGCAUUAAUGUUAACAAGUCCACAUUUUUAUAUUGUAAGUUUUUUUUUUUUAAAUUUUAAAAAGUAGCUAGAUUAAUUUUUACUACAUUCGUUGUCAAGCGGCUAACGUUGAAAGAAACAAAUUGAGUUUUUUUCUUUAUUUCAGCUACAAGUCAACAUUUACAAAAUUACAUUUAAUCAAACUUUAAACAUAAUUGAAUAUGGAGUUCCGCAAGGUAAGAUCUUAAAACCUUUCCGUUAGAUUGUAUGCACAUUUAUUAUGCCGAUAUAUUUAUUAUAGCCUAUAGGUAAUAAAUUUGAAGGGCCCAUUCCUCGUUGUUUUACCCACAUCGUCAAGUGUACUUUGUUCUUCUGCACUUAAAUAUUUUAAAUUUUAAUAAUAAUAGCCCGGUAUUGAAGGAUAAUGUUUGGCUGGCAAAGUUGGAAAAAUUUGGAAAAAAAAAAUAUUUUAUGCAAAAUUACCUAAGGAAUUUGGGUAAAAUGUCUUAGCUUCGAUUAAACAUCGGCUUCAUUUUUUAUUUAACAGUUUAUAAAAAAGUGAACAUUUUUAUUCAGAUUUUCGCAUAUAUCUUAUCUUCUCUUCUAGAGAUCGUAGAGUACUGCGCAAUUGAGAAUUUAAAAAAAAAAAUAUUCUUUGAAUGAGGAUUUUGAUGCUGUAUAUUGCGAUCAAUUUCAUGCAAAACUGACUGAGAUAUUUGUAUUUAAAGUUGCAAAAUUGUUUUUAUCGGUUAAG